AUGAAUUGGGACUACCCUAUCCACAGCUUUACGGAUCCUAAUGUCGAGCCUCAAACGCCCACGAGAACACCCACGACCAGCUCGUUUGAGACCCCGAAGCUUGAGUCCAGCUUCUACGACCCGCGAGUGACAUGGAACACCGCAGACCCUUAUGCCUCCAGCCCGGAGCUGGUCAAGUUUCCUCCGCCUCGCUUUGAUCUGGCGUCUCCGUCUCCCCAGCGAGGCCAAUUGCCGGAGGUUGAUGGCGGCGACGGGCUGGCUUCCAACAGCGUGAGAAAGACAAGGCCAUUGAGCACGAUCUUCAGCUCCGGGCCAGACAUGUCGGACGGAGUCGAUGCCACCAGCCGCUCGGCUGCCUCGAUGCAGACCCCACCGCCUACCAGUACUUCGAGGAGGAGGACGCUGGAUGCUAUGAAUGUAACGACUGAUGACGCUGCCACGCCCGUGCAAGAUCCUAAUCCAAACCGUCUCGAGACUCCCAGCCGCUUCGUCGGUCUCUCUCCAAACUUCUACGGCCUCCAGGGCACCCCUGAUUUGUUCCGGGUCGCUGGUGCAUCUGCUACCGACCCGUCCUUUAUUCCUCGAUACCAGAUGCCAUGGGACCAGGAGAAUAUCCCCCCGCCCUCAACUAUGAUGGAUGAUGUCCCUCGUCCUGCUGCUGCUACCGCUUCUGCGGCGUAUACCAACAGCACUGGCCACUUCGACAUCUCUACCCAUGUCCCCAUUCAGCAGCCAAUCGAGCCAUUCGAUGCUGACCCGGCCAGCGAGAUUGGAUUAGAAACCCCAAGGUUACCCGUGACACAGUCCAUUGGGAGGAGACGGGUUGGUUUGGGUGUUCCUCAGGACCUACGGUACCUCGAAGCACAGCAAGGGGCUGGUAUCAACUCCUCCUUUUCAACCUCGCCCCGUGUGCCUCUGCCGCAGGACGAUGACCCGUCGAUGUUUCUCAGCUCCCCAGCUCGACGAUUCGGUUUCUCUGAUCCGUCAUACUCAUACUCCCCACAUGGGCCUCGGGUGGAGAAUCGACAGCCUUAUCAUUACCAGACGGAAGAGUCUGAACGGGAUAGACGAGAAAGGGGCCUGUGCAAGGUGUCACGGACGAGAAGUGUUGGCCACCCACGCAGGACGGCUGCUAACGCUGCUGGUGCUGCUAGUGCUGGUGCUACUACCAACUAUGAGGACCCCUAUGCCUCGCUUCCCCGGCCGCCAUCUGGCAGACCAGCACCAAGACGGAUCACAACUCACUCGGGGGCCGUAACUCGACAGGCUUCUUUUUCAUCUACAACUGCAAGUGCCCUACCUGGAAGCGGUGUGAGAAAGACUCCAUCCAAGGGCCGCACUUCGCCGUUCAAGCAGAUGCAUUCUUUCCAACGGUCUAGCUCCCUGGCUGCGCCAAUGGAGGCUCUAGUGCUCAAGGUUGGAAAGGACGGAAUUGCCACGACGGAAAUGAAACUAGCUGCGCACUCUCAGUCUCAGCUACCCGAUGUCUCCCCUGAUAUCAGCAUCGAGGAACUUUCCACGGAGAGUGACAGUGAUAUAUCCGAAACUUCAGAACGUCGAAUUGGAAGAGUUCAAAAUCCGCCGUAUCAUUUCCCUGACAUUACGCCUCGUCGGUCCCGCGUUGCUCGUACCCCGUCCUCGUCCCGUCCGCACUCAAAGUGCUCGUCUCGUUCAUCCACGGUGGGUUCCUCGCAUUCAGGGUAUAACCCAGGUUGGACGGAUACUUCUCGAGGCAGAGGCAAACCGCUCGAUGCUUGGAAUGGAAGCCGCCGUCAUUCCCGAAACUACUCAAUCACCGACUCGGAGACUACCCAGGGAGAUGACGACGAGGAGGAAACAGACGACGCCGGUCAUGCCCAACAUGCACUCAAGCAGGUCCUCCAGGCACGUAAGCGUCAUUCUGCCGCUGUCACUGCCGCGGCUGCUCCUGCUUCUGCAACCAUAGGCUAUGCAUCUGCUUCUCGAGCAUCUCACUCGCUGGCCAUGGCCACGCUGCGAUCCUCGCCUCCGCUGGUGGGAUACCCUGAGUCAUAUGCCGGAGAGGCCAUCUCUCCGACUAAGAUGACUGAUCCUGACGCUGCCCCUACACCCGUCGUGGAACGCCAGAGCAACCCUAGCACGGGGACGAGGUGUGUGUGUAAUUCGAGGAAUAACGGCGGACACCUCAUGAUCCAAUGUGAAUCGUGCACCCACUGGCUUCACACGAGAUGUGUUGGACUUGACCGACAGAGCCUGCCGCCCGUGUACAUCUGUGUGUACUGCGUGCAGACUCCCGUCCGCCGGCAUCGAGCUCCCGACCCGCGCGCCCGAGGCGGACAUGUCUCUUCCCCGCUCACCCACAAAUCCUACGGUUUCAAAUAG